AUGUCACUGUCAGAUGUCACCCAUCUACGCUACAGACACAUGACUGCGGCUAAGAACAUGGGUGGUCAAACCGACAAGCUCUUCAGCGGCAAGAAAGAUCGAAUGCUUGAGAUCCGCGUCUUCGAUGACAGCAUGGUCAAGCACAAAUCUUACUACUUGCAAAGCAGUAUCCUCAAGUCAGCUUCAACAUUCUUCGCCAACGCAAUCGAGGCAGCCAGGUCUGAGCAGUUCGUGUGUGAAGGCCGCGAUAUAGGUCAAGACGACGAUCUCAGCGAAGCCAUCGAGAUCUUCAUCGCCGGAACUAUCGAAGCCGUAGAGAUGCUCCUCUACUACUGCAUCAAAGAGCGACUACCCAUGAACGACAUCAGCGAGAUGAAGCACGAAAAGGCCUGUACCAUCCUGACAGAAGUCUGGUGUCUGGGAGGAACCCACCAAAUGCCAGAGCUCCAGGACGCCGCCAUGCUGGAGCUCCUCCGAAUCCUCGAAGGAGGAUCAGUCCAGGUCGACGACAUCAAGUUUGCCUUCCACAACACUCCCACCGACCAGUCUUCACCGCUACGCGCUCUGCUGCUCGACGACUUCUGCUGGAAGUUUCGACACGAGAUGGGCCUGGAUUAUCACAAACUUAGGACCUUCGAGGAUGUGGAAGACUUUCUGGUAGAGUUCCCUGAGGCAAGGGAUGAGUGUGAGACGUAUCACGGCGAUGGGUUCAAGAGCAGGAUCAAGUGUGAGGGCCAGGGUUGGAGGAAGUAUAUGGUGUCUGAUAGCGACCCAAAGGGUCACUGGAUCUGGGAGAAGAUGCGUGAGCAGUGA